UGAUUGAUUAAUUUGGUGUAAAAGAAAAAGGGAAAAUAUUUUGAUUUUGUGCAUAUCUAUGUGAAAUUGAAUACUUAUUUGGCCCACUAUUAUGAAUAUUUGGCCACAUUCUUUUAUUUAUGCAGCUUCCCCCCUCCCUUCUCAACUGACUCUCCGUGUUCCACUCGCGUUUAUAGCAGACAUACGAGACAAAUCAAAACGAAGCAGCAACUUGUUUAAAUCUAGUGAGAGAGAGAGAGAUCAAAAUUUAUACCAACACCCCACCACGCCACAGUUUUUUUCUACAGAGAGAGAAAGAGGGGAAAAAAGAGCUUCUUUUGGUUUCAAUUUCAAUCAAUCAUUUCCAUUUGCCACUGUAACUGCUGAAAUCGGCCAUUACCGUUGGAUAGAGUCGAUUUGGCAACUUGGGUUUUUGGGUAUAUCUUAGAUCUUGCUUCGGACAAGUUUAAUUCUUGAUUGAAAUUUGGAGAAGGAAAAGGGGAAUUAAGGAUGAAGGGUGCUCAUUUCCGGAACAGCUUGCUUGUGAUGUAAUAUGGCACUCUUGUUGGCUGUCAGAAACAGAGAAGAUGUCGUUUUACAUUGGUCGCGAGGCUUCAAAGUUAUGGAAGAGAUUUUGUGCGGAGAUUACAACAGAGCUCAACCUUCUUGCGGAAAAUUGGAAGUAUAUUUUAGGCGGCAUCGUUUGUCAGUACAUCCACGGACUAGCAGCGCGAGGGAUUCAUUAUUUUCAUCGGCCGGGACCAACACUUCAGGAUGUCGGCUUCUUUCUUCUUCCGGAACUUGGCCAAGAAAGAGCUUACAUUAGCGAAACAGUGUUCACCUUCGUUUUCCUGUCUUUUGUCUUGUGGACUUUCCAUCCUUUCAUAGUGAAGACCAAGAAGAUUUACACAGUCCUGAUAUGGUGCAGGGUCCUCGCAUUUUUAGUUGCAUGUCAGUUUCUUCGGAUAAUAACUUUCUACUCAACUCAACUGCCUGGUCCAAAUUAUCAUUGUCGAGAGGGUUCGAAGCUUGCCACGCUGCCUCCUCCAAACAAUGUUUUAGAAGCUCUACUAAUAGUUCCUCGUGGGGUUCUUUAUGGCUGCGGUGAUCUAAUAUUUUCGUCUCACAUGAUAUUCUCCCUAGUCUUUGUGCGGACAUACCAUAAGUAUGGUACUCGAAGUUUUGUUAAGCAGUUAGCCUGGUUGAUUGUUGUAAUUCAAAGCUUGUUGAUUGUGGCAUCUCGUAAGCACUACACAGUUGAUGUUGUCGUGGCAUGGUACACUGUUAAUUUGGUUGUGUUCUUUCUCGACAAGAAAUUGCCAGAACUGCCCGACCGUUCCAGUGCAUCCGCAGCAUUGUUCCUCCCACUGACCAAGGAUAGCAAGACGAAGGAAGAGAAUCACAAACUCUUGAAUGGGAACUCCGGGGAUGCUGCAGACUGGAGGCCAAGAACCCAAAUCAACGGCAAGAUCAUGGAAGAAGGCAACGUCGUGCAUGUUGAAGCAGUCAUCAGCGGCGUCUAGUUGAUGAGCAUCCCUCAAACUGGUAAAACACCACUUGUAAUCUUAGAUCAUCGAGUCCCGUGUAGUCCGGUUUAAGCUUUCAACGGUCCAUUUCCGUAUGAUCUAGCCUCGAUCAACAGUAUGAUGUAUCAUGAAUUCAUUUUUUUUUUUUUUUUUUUGCCUUUCCUAAUUGCUUUAAUCAAUCAUUCUUGAUCAGCAGUUCUCUCCCACUUGUUUUUUGUAUGGUCGCUUCUUUAGGGUAGAGCGCAUAAAUCAUAAUGGAGUGUUGGUUUAGUUGAAUUCUUUAUAUGCAUUAUGCUUUUUGAGAC